CAGAACCUAUACUUUGUACACUAGGAGAUCAUGUCUGACCUCAAGACGUUUAUCAGCGACAAUGUGGUCAGGAUUCUCGGAUCCUCGGACGGCGCGACGGUCGAUUAUGUCCAGUCUCUCGCCAUGUCGUCUAAAUCUCCUGGAGAUCUCUAUCAUGCCCUGUUGUCCACGGGUAUGGCGGAGAGUCCUGACACUCAGUCCUUUGCUCAGCAAGUGCAUUCACUGGUCCCUCGAAAGUCCAAGCCAAAGGCGCCGAAACCAGCUGCUCAGGUGACCAGUCGGUAUGCUCUCCUUCAGGACGAAGCGGAAAGCAGCACGAGUGGCAAGAAGAAGAGGGAAAAGUCGAAUGGCAAGAACAAGGAGAAUGGAAAAGGGAAGGAGAGAGAGAAGGAGGAUGUCGUUCGACCUGGGAGAAGGGAGCGGAAAAGAGAGACAGACGAUAAUUGGCAAGAUGAUCCGAUAGAAGAGGAAGAGGAUGAACCCGAAGUCAAGAGGGUCAGGAUAAAUUCUCCGCCGGCGGACGAACCGACAGGACCUGAAGAAACAGAGGAGGAACGUCUGGAGAGGGAGAGAUUGGAGGACUUGGCAGAAAGAGAUGCCUUUGCAGAACGUAUGAGAAAUCGAGAACAAGAUCGGACACGAGGUAUCGUGACGGAUCGUUCCUCUCGUUCUCAAGGUGGACUCGAAGCCGACAAAAGAGCGGCUUUGGCGGACGAUGCUGAAGCGCGUCAAGCCGUGAUGGACGAUCUGAGAUUGAGAUCCAGACAGGAAUACUUGAACAAGCGAGAGCUACAACAACUGGACCUCCUCAAGCUGGAGAUUGAGGAUGAAAAGAUUCUCUUCAGGAAUCAGAAAAUGUCAAAGAGAGAGCUUGCUGCUUUUGAGCAGAAGAAGGAGCUCAUCAGAAUCAUGGAAGCUCGACAAAAGAUUGACGAUGGACUGGAUGGGUAUAUGAUGCCCGAGGAUUACAUUACGGAACAAGGCAAGAUUGACGCGAAGAAACGGAAAAAUGCCCUUUAUGCGAGAUACGAGGAGACGAAAAUGGCCUCUGGGGAGUUCGUCACAGACGUCGACCAGUGGGAAGAUUCGCAGAGGUACAAAACGGAUCUGCGGACUGGCGCGAUGGACAAGGAAAUCAUCGAGGAUGCCUACGAUUAUGUCUUUGACGAGUCGCAAGGGAUCAAAUUCCUGCAAGAAGGCAAAAUGGCUGGAACGUUGACGGCCGAAGCUCAAGCAUUAAUGGAUCAGAUUGCGGAGGCGGAGAAAAAGGCGACGAGCAUUGAAGAGACUCGAAAGUCUUUACCCAUUUACGAGUUUCGAGACGAACUCCUGAAAGCCAUCGCGGAGCAUCAAGUUUUAGUCGUAGUGGCCGAAACUGGAUCUGGGAAGACGACCCAACUCCCUCAGUAUCUUCACGAAGCUGGAUAUACGAAGAAUGGUAUGAAAGUCGGUUGCACACAGCCUCGUCGUGUGGCCGCCAUGUCCGUUGCUGCUCGUGUGGCCGAGGAGGUAGGAUGUCGAUUGGGGCAAGAAGUUGGAUAUUCGAUUCGAUUCGAGGACAUGACUAGCGACAAAACAGUCCUCAAGUACAUGACGGAUGGUAUGCUGCUGCGAGAAUUCUUGACAGAUCCUAUCCUGUCGACUUACUCAGCUUUGAUCAUUGACGAGGCCCACGAGCGGACGCUGAGCACGGAUAUAUUGUUCGGACUGGUCAAGGAUAUUGCUCGGUCGCGACCCGAAUUACGCCUCCUUAUCUCGUCCGCCACACUCAACGCUCAAAAAUUUGCUGCGUUCUUUGACGAUGCACCGAUCUUUGAUGUACCCGGUCGAAGGUUCCCCGUCGAUAUGUUCUACACGCAACAGCCAGAAGCCAAUUAUAUCCAUGCGGCAGUAACUACGAUCUUACAAAUCCACACGACCCAGCCCAAGGGUGACAUUUUGCUGUUCCUCACUGGACAAGAUGAAAUCGAAGCGACUGAAGAGAAUCUCAAGGAGACAAUGUACGCUCUGGGCGAUAGGGUACCGGAACUCAUCGUUGCCCCCAUCUAUGCCAAUCUGCCGAGCGAGAUGCAAGCCAAGAUUUUUGAGCCGACGCCUGAAGGGGCACGAAAAGUCGUUCUCGCCACGAACAUUGCCGAAACGUCCAUCACCAUCGACGGCGUGGUUUAUGUCAUCGAUCCUGGAUUCGUCAAGCAAAACAACUACAACCCGAAAACAGGCAUGUCCUCGCUUGUGGUGGAGCCCAUCUCUCGAGCGUCUGCUCAACAACGAGCCGGUCGAGCCGGGCGUGUAGGUCCAGGCAAAGCCUUCAGAUUGUACACCAAAUGGGCGUUUGAGAAUGAGCUCUUGUCAGAUACCAUACCGGAGAUCCAACGAACCAACUUGGGGAUGGUCGUGCUCAUGCUCAAAUCCCUGGGGAUCAACGAUGUAUUAAACUUUGAUUUUCUCGACAAGCCACCGACGGAGACCAUCAUCCGGAGUUUCGAACUGCUGUACGCCCUAGGAGCCAUCAAUCACAAAGGGGAGUUGACGCGACUCGGACGACGAAUGGCCGAAUUUCCAGUCGACCCAAUGCUCAGUAAAGCAAUCAUCAAUUCUGAAAACUUCAAGUGUACGCACGAGGUCCUGACCAUCAUUUCUAUGCUUCAAGAAUCUGGCUCCCUCCUGUUUCGACCAAAGGAUAAGCGUGUACAUGCCGAUCAAGCCCAUAAGACAUUCAUCAAACCUGGUGGAGAUCAUUUCACCCUCCUGAACAUUUUCGAACAAUGGGCAGAAGCGGGAUACACCCAGACCUGGUGCUACGAGAACUACGUCCAGUACAAGUCGCUCACGCGAGUGAGAGAUAUUCGUGAUCAACUUGCGGCUCUCUGCGAGCGAGUAGAAGUGGUAGUGGAGACUCUGCCGAAUGACGUCGUUCCAGUUCAGAAGGCCAUGACAGCAGGGUACUUUUACAAUACUGCGCGUAUCGAUAAAGGUGGUGGAUAUCGUACGACCAAAAACAAUCACACUGUGUACAUCCAUCCGUCAUCUGGUCUUAUUGGGAUGCAGCCGCCGCCUCGAUUCAUUCUCUAUUACGAAUUGGUCCUCACGUCCAAAGAAUACAUGCGACAGUGUAUGCCAAUUGAAGGGUCUUGGUUGUCUGAACUGGCACCUCAUUACUUCCAGAAGAAUGAGAUUGACGCCAUGAUGGGCAGUUCGAGCAAGGUCAAGAUGCCGAAAGAGAGGGAGAUGCCCAAGGUUGGGCCAGUGUUGAUAUAAGCAGGAGGCUUUCUUGUCAGAAGAUUGUACUA